AUGUCUGCAUACGGUCCUGAUGACAGUGGAAGCAGAGAGCACCAAAAUAGCAGAUCUCACAUCGAGGAUGUUGUUUCGCUACGCUCCUUGAAGGAAGAUGAUUGCUUCACAAAUAGAGGCCGUUUGAACUGUCCACCAUGGGCUCGUGGCGUGUACGGAGGUCAAAUCAUGGCCCAGGCAUUAUUGGCUGGAUAUGAGACCGUGACAGCCGAGUUCAUGGUGCACAGCAUUCACUGCCACUUCCUGAAGGCGGCUCAGCCUCAGACUUCCGUUGUUUACCGCGUGGAGCGAGUACGCGAUACGAGAAGCUUUGCUACGCGCAUGAUCCGAGCUACACAAGAGGAUGAACUUGUAUUUUAUGCAACGGCGAGCUUCGCAAAGAACCAUACGUCGCAGAAGAGCAAGAGUCUUCUUCAGCAUUCUGUGUCUUUCCCUCCAGGGCAGAAGCUUCCCUCACGUCCACUUGUUCAAUCCGCUGCAGGCCAGGCUUGUCCUGAUCAGCCUUGUGAUUGUGUGCGGUCCACCAGUAGGACGAACAGCUCUGCGUCACCGAGUAACAAAAGGUUUUGUCACUGGGUUAAAGCUAGAGGACGUAUCGCAAGCUCACCACUACGAUCUACCAAAAGUAAAAAUGAGUUCUCAUGCAGUAGCCAAAGCUUGAGGAACAUGUUGGAGAAUACGGCUGAUGUCGACAAUGACGAUCAUGAUAGCAAUCAUCAUGCCCACGCCGCGGCAUUGCUUUACAUGUCAGACAACUAUUUUCUAGCCACCACUUUCAGAGCCCAUGACGCCUCUCGAUUCUCCAACCCGACAUCAGACUACUCUGACUCAUCCACCAUAGGGCAUCGGUCAAAAGGCACUGAAGGAGUCAUUGACGCAUUGGCAUUAGAGGAGCUAGAGGACAAUCAGGGAGCGCCUAAAGAUGGAGGACAGGUGACUAUGGCGGCUUCCAUGGAUCAUACUGUGUACUUCCACAACCUGCAUCAACUACGAGCCGAUAAUUGGAUGCUCGUUGAGAUGGAAAGUCCUUGGGCGGAUGAUGAAAGAGGAUUGGUGAUUUCGCGUACCUGGAGCCACGAUGGAACAUUGCUUGCCACGUGCUUUCAGGAAGGCCUUGUUAGGCUGGCACAGCGUUCUCGUUCGAGUAGAUUAUGA